AUGCAGUAUGCAAAUCGAGCGCAAUCCGAUGAGUUUUAUUUCCUCCAAGUUACAACAGUGGCGACGAGGAUUAAAGUGAACGAAAUUGAGGCUAGCAAGCAUACGCCAAUAUUAAUUACCGUCAUCGGAGGGGAAGCGUUUGACUUAAUGGUGGAUUUGUGCAACCCCGCCAAUCCAGAAGAUAAAAAGUUUGAAGAUCUAGUCAAGCUGAUGCAAAACCAUCUCCAGCCGCAACCAUCCGAAAUAGCGGAAAGAUAUAAAUUUCGCCAACGCAAGCAGGACGUUGGGAAGUCAGUGGCAGUGUACAUGGCUAAUUUAAAAAAAUUAGCUAAAGAUUGCAAAUUUGGAGAAAAAUUGGAGGAAAAUCUGCGAGACCAAUUAGUCUUCGGGCUCAAGAGUGAAACCACCCGACAGCGAUUGUUCGUGGAGAAGUCACUCACGUUCCAAAAAGCACAGGAAAUUGCUGUGGGGGUGGAAGCAGCAGAGACCAACUCCCAUUUGAUCGCCGGAACUUCGUCAGUAGCGGCGGUUCAUAAAUUGCAGGCGACGAGGAGAAGGGUAGCGUGCAAGGAAGAGUCCAAAGAAAAGGGUCAGCGCAGUGGAUACCGAAGGAGCAGAAAUGGGGGACCUCCGCUUAUUGGCAGAGAUUGGUUAAAAAAGGUUAAUAUUUCGAUUGAUAACAUUUUUCAUAUUGAUAAUCAACCGAACAGGAUUUCAAAAAUGUUAAUUGAUAAAUUUCCCGGCGUGUUUGAUAACGAUUUGGGUAAGUUUAAUGGAGGAAAGGCUAAAUUGUAUUUAAAAGAAAACACGGUUCCGAUUUAUCGCAAAGCACGUCCGUUACCAUUUGCUCUAACCUGUAAAGUGGAGGAGGAAUUAAACAAUUUAAUCAAAUUGGAUAUUUUAAAUCCCGUUAAUAGUAGCGAGUGGGCAACUCCAAUUGUCCCGGUUCUUAAAAAAAAUGGCCAAGUUGCCAUAUGGGGUAGCAUCCAGCCCAUAGGUAUUUUUCACCAACUCAUUGAAAAUAUUUUUGCUGGCAUCGACAAUGUGGGAAUAUUUUUGGAUGGCAUCUUGAUCGCAUCGGAGAACGAAGGAACCCAUAUAAAAACACUUAUGGAGGUAUUCCACAAAUUAAGCCAAGUUAAUUUAAAAAUUCAAGUAAAUAAAUGUUCGUUCGCAACGACACAAAUUCAGUACUUAGGGUUCAUCGUCGACAAAGAAGGUAUACACACUGACCCGAUCAAGAUGGAAGCCAUUAAAAAGGUAAAGGUACCGCAAAAUGUGACUCAGUUGAGGGCAUUUUUAGGCUUAGUAAAUUAUUACGGCAAGUUUUUACCAGGUAUCACUAAUAUUUUGUAUCCUUUAUAUAAAUUAUUAAGGAAAAACGAGCCAUUUCAAUGGCAAACGGCUCAACAAGGAGCAUUUGAAAAAAUUAAAUCACAAUUAAUGUCAUCUAAAGUGUUAGUGCAUUACAACCCCCAAUUGCCGAUUAUUUUAGCAGUUGAUGCGAGUGCUUAUGGCAUCGCAGCGGUCAUAUCGCAUAAAUUUGAUAACGGGGACGUAAAACCCAUAGCGUACGCAUCGCGUACAUUAUCGUCGGCGGAAAAAUCUUAUUCCCAAAUUGAUAAAGAGGCUCUAGCAAUUGUAUAUGGCGUUAAGAAAUUUCAUCAAUUCUUAUACGGUAGAAGCUUUACAUUACUAACUGAUCAUAAACCCUUGAUUAGUAUUUUCGGGGAUAAAAAGGGAAUUCCAAUUUUUGCUGCCAGUCGAUUACAACGCUGGAGUGUCAUUUUAUUUACAUAUAAUUUUAAAAUCAAAUUCAUAAAUUCCGAAAGUAAUGGUAAUGCUGAUGCUUUAUCCAGAUUGCCAAUAGAAAUUAACGUAAGGGAUGAAGUUGAUUUGGGACACAUUUUGUACAUAGAGGAAAAUAUUCCAAUUAAUCAUCAGGAUAUUGCAGCCGAAUGUAAGAAAGAUCCUGUAUUAAACAGAAUUAUAGGAUUUUGUUUAGGUACAUGGGUGGCCGCAUAA